CGGAGGGCUCGAUAGCUGAAGCGUACAUUGAUAAUGAGUGCCUUACAUUUUGCUCCAUGUAUCUUCAUGGCAUAGAGACUAGAUUCAACCGAGAAGAUCGGAAUGCCGAUGAAGGGCAGGAGCAUGAACAAGGACUCAUAUCUGUAUUUGCACAUAACGUUCGUCCUUUAGGAUCCCCGACGUUUCAGGAUAUGGACCUUGGGGAUCUAGCAAAGGCGCGGUGGUAUGUGUUGCAUAAUUGUGAAGAAAUAGAGUCGUACUUGGACGAACACAUAGACGAGAUGAAGUCCAAAUUCCCCACAAAUUAUGAUCGAAUGCAUCAGGAUCAGUUUCCAGAAUGGUUCGCCAAACGUGUAAGAUUUCACAUUGUAUCUCACCACACUUAGCAUUUUCGUUGUAUUGCACAUUAUUUCAACUUAUGAAAAUCCCUAAACAAUUAUAUUAUGUACAUGAUAUUAGAUGAAGACGUU